UAAAAGUCUGCCUUGAUUUCUUUUGUCGGUUGUUAUAUCGCGAUCGUAAUUCAACUCGCAUUUUUACGAAUUCGAGCUAUAUUUCCGAAAAGUAAAACAGUGGCCGCAGUUGAUACUUUUCCAUAGAUAGAACGUGUCUUUCUUUACUACUUUGACAGGCAGUUGGAGAUGGAUUUUUAUAAUCUGUACGUAACGUAGGUACGCAAUAGUAAUUCUAUACGCGAGCGCGGCAUUGUAAUAAUUUCUUUCAUAAGUUAGCAAAAAUUGGCAAUUUAUCUCAACUUUUUUUCAAGAAUGAACUGGAGAAAAAACAGAAGCUUAUUCAAAUCAGCAUCCAAAGGACUCAUAGUAUUAUUCAUUUCCUUGAAUAUGUUCAACUAUCAGAUUUUAUUUUCGUACAUAGCUGGAACUUUAAAAUCAACUUGGUACAACUGGACAGUUCCCGAUACCCCAGAUGCAGCUUGCACAUUGGCCAAUCCAUUUUUCAAAUCCACAGAAUUUAGGAAUAAUAAAUGCGUUAGCUGUGAAUCAAUAACGAAAAUAUCAAGACUUUACGACACAACAUUUGAAGAAAUAGACGUGAAUUACAUCAAAAGAAACAGCCCUGUAAUAAUCACCGAUGCAAUGAUGAAUUGGAAAACUGUAGCUGUUGAUAUCUUUAAUAUAACCGAAUCUUACCGAAGGCAAUCGUGGAUACCGGAUCACAAACCUUGUGAUCUCUUGACAAAUUUUGAUUUACAAACGGAUUUCAUCCUAGACUAUCUAACAAUCGCUUCCAAUUAUUUAUCUAAUCAUUGGUUCAUUCAGUGGAAAAAUUGCGAUCAGAGGGCGGUGAAAAUCGCACGAAAUUUUUACCAACAGCCCUACUUCGUCAAAUACUACCUCCCAGCGGCGAAAAUAAAUUGGAUUUUAAUAUCUUAUCAAUACGAAACAAAUAAAUAUCACGAGAUUAACGUCGAGGGACGACGAUUCGUACAAUUUAUGCAGCUGCGAGGUUCAUUUAAAGUGAAAUUUCAGCCUCGUCAGAAGUGCAGAAACAGCUGUUCAAUAAUCAUAAUUACUUUGAAUGAAUCUGAAACAUUGGUAAUAAAUAGUGAUUUAUGGAGUUUGCAUUACAAACCGCUAACGAAUGAUAUCAACGCAGCGAUUAUCACGGAGAAUGACUUACGAUAACCAAACACUACGUAACUUGAAAGAAUGUUUCUUCCAAGUACUGGAUGUAAGACCACAGAUUAAAUUAAAAUAAGAUGUAUUUUUACAAAAACCAUGUAUUUCAAUAGUACACACCUCAACGAAUUAAAAUUAAUCUUGCGUCGAUUCAACGUUUUCCGUUCCUAAUUUUUUAAAUGAUGGUACUGGGACCCAUGAAACAAGUGUGUAUAAUUUGUUAGGCGAAUCUUCGUCUUCGUUUCUCCUACGUGAAAGCUGG